AUGGGCAAACUCACAUCCACAAUCGGCAUACCCAUCAAGCUGCUCAACGAGGCACAGGGCCAUGUUGUCACAUUAGAACUCACAUCCGGUCAAGUCUACCGGGGCAAACUUCUGGAAGCGGAAGACAACAUGAACGUCCAACUAAAAGACAUCACCGCCACGGCCCGCGACGGGCGCGUCUCCCACCUCGACCAAGUCUACAUCCGAGGCAGCCACGUGCGGUUCUUCAUCGUCCCGGAUAUGCUCCGGAAUGCGCCCAUGUUCAGAUCUAGGGGGACAAGAGGACGAGGUGUCGGGCUAGCGAGAGGGCGGGCGACUGUCAAUCGCGCGCGAGCAGGGAGGAGGCAGUGA